AUGGGUUCGUCGAGUACAGAUUCACGACGAUCAGGUAAUUGUGAGGGACGUAAUCUAAGUGGUGAAAAACGGCGGAGAGAGGCGAUUUCAAUGGCUCCGAUUUUGACGUUUUCCAACGGCGGAAUGAAAUUCUCGUCGGAUCCCGACACUAAUGGUAAAUUUGAUGUUUAUCGAUGCAUUAUGGCUAUCAACUUUAGAAGGCCCAAAGGUUUUGGAGGUCAAACUGUUCACGUGCAAAUUCCUUCAACUUUAGAUGGCGCUUCUCCCAAAAUCUAUGUCGCCAUGGCGGUCUCUGGGAUUUCGGACGGAGUGAAGGCCGGGCCUGACGGCGGGCUCAGAUCUCCGCCCUCGUGGUGGUCGGGGCUUAGUUUGCAGCUUGCGCCAUUUCAAUCCCCUCUUCCCUCUGUCUUGUUUGCUUUUUUUCUGCUCAAUGAUAGAAUCCUUUGA